CAGCCUCCUGGAAAUGGUAGUUUCGGCCGCAUGGAUGACGAGCUGAGCCUGGUGGCCAGGAACUCGCCUUCCCGGCAACCCGUUUGGCAGGGCGGGGCGCCUAGCGAAGAUGGUGGAGCGCGCGGCGUGUGCCUCCAGUCGCUUGCCCAAGUCUCAGCGCCGCGCACUGGCCGGUGUCUUGCUGGUCCGGAGUCCCCACCCGCCAGGUCCCUGACCCCGCGCCCCCCGUGUCCGGUCCUCAGUAUGCCUCGCGCCCGCAAGGGAAACACGCCUCGCAAGGGCGGUCAGCGCCGUGGAGGGGGUGCCCGGAGCAGUGCCCAGGCCGACUCAGGUUCCAGUGAGGAUGAGGCAGCCAGUGAGGCCCGCAGUACUGCUAGUGACUGCCCCAGCCUCCUCAGCAUCACCGCAGAGGACGGCCUUGGGGGGGAAGCUGUGGAUGAGCAGGCCCAGCAGGAAGACCUUGAGGAUAAGCUGAAGGAAUAUGUGGACUGCCUCACAGACAGGAGUGCCAAGACCCGGCAAGGUGCCCUAGAGAGCUUGCGCCUAGCCUUGGCAUCCCGUUUGUUGCCCGACUUCUUGUUGGAGCGCCGCCUCACUCUGGCCGAUGCCCUGGAAAAGUGCCUCAAGAAAGGGAAGGGUGAGGAGCAAGCCCUGGCUGCCGCCGUGCUGGGUCUGCUCUGCGUGCAGCUGGGCCCCGGACCCAAAGGUGAGGAGCUGUUCCAAAGCCUGCAGCCCCUGCUGGUGUCAGUGCUCAGCGACAGCACAGCUAGCCCUGCCGCCCGGCUCCACUGCGCCUCUGCUCUCGGCUUGGGCUGUUAUGUGGCUGCUGCUGAUGUCCAGGACCUGGUCUCUUGUCUUUCUUGUUUGGAGGGUGUUUUUAGCCGGGCCUGUGCCAGUCAUGGCUCGACAACCCCUGUGGCCCCCGCUAGCCUGCAUGGGCUGCUUUGUGCCACCCUGCAGGCAUGGGCAUUGCUGCUCACCAUCUGCCCCAGUGCACACAUCAGCCACAUCCUUGACAGGCAGCUUCCUCGACUACCCCAGCUCUUGUCCAGUGACAGUGUGAACCUGCGGAUUGCUGCUGGCGAGACCAUCGCUUUGCUCUUUGAGCUCGCCCGUGACCUUGAGGAAGACUUUGUUUACGAGGACAUGGAGACCCUCUGCAGCGCUCUGCGCACCUUAGCCACCGACAGCAACAAGUACCGUGCCAAGGCUGACCGCCGGCGCCAGCGCUCGACCUUCCGAGCUGUGCUGCACUUUGUUGAGGGCGGUGAGUGUGAGGAAGAGACGGUCCGCUUUGGCCUUGAGGUGCUCUACGUGGACAGCUGGGCCCGGCGCCGGGUCUACGCAGCCUUCAAGGAUGUGCUCGGUUCUGGCAUGCACCAUCACCUCCAGAACAAUGAGCUGCUCCGUGACAUCUUUGGUCUAGGCCCCGUGCUGGUGCUGGAUGCCACUGCCCUAAAGGCCUGCAAGAUUUCCCGCUUUGAGAAGCAUCUGUACAACGCUGCUGCCUUCAAAGCCCGGACUAAGGCUCGCAGCCGGGUGCGGGACAAACGGGCAGACGUCCUGUGA